CCCCAAACCUAACCCUAAAGGAUUUACCUGGAACAAACCAGAACAUGGACACUCUGGUAUCUGAAGGAAUUUGGGAAAGGAAAAUUAUUCGAACUUGGACAGUAGAAGAAGAGCACCAGAGUGUAAGUUGUGCUGUUAACUACCCUUCGGGUCAGAGUGCCGAAAAGUCAAUUCCACUGAAUGCUGAAUGCUCCAUUUCACCAUUGAAUAUUAGUUCUACAUCAGAUGAAUUUCUUGAAGGGUAUGAUAGCAAAGUAACAUGCACUGCCUUAUACACAUGCCACAAGAAUACACCAACUCUCACAUGGAACUAUGGCAGUGUGGCAGCAUCCACUAAUACAGAAAAAGUACCGGGGGAGACUCAGUGGAGGACUGUCUCCGUGCUGUCAUUUAAAUCUUCACCCAGUGACAACGGGAGAUCUGUUACCUGCUUUGCAAAAUUCAAGGGGGGGCAAACACAAGAAGUGAGCAUCAGCCUGCGGGUAAAAAGAAACAUACUCAAUCGGGGUUGGUCUUUCAAUGCUCCAAGCACCAUAAAUGGGUUGAAGGGAUCAUGUCUCAUCAUUCCAUGCAAAUUCUCCUACAAAAACUCACAGCCUAAUGACCUUCAAGUGAUGUGGUACUUGUACCAAAUCAAUGGAUUUCCAGCUGUAUUCAACCAAGGAGGGAGUGUUAUUAGUAAGUUUGAUGGUCGAACAAGCUUGAUUGGAUCAGUGGUGGAGCAGAACUGUAGUCUUAAGAUUGAAAGGCUGGAGAUGUCCCACAACCAUGACCGACUUUAUCCAUGGAUAGAUAAGAACUCAAUUACUUCCUACCACACCGUAGGUCACUCAUUUUAUGAUGGAUCUACGGAACUUAGUGUUUCAGAACAUGCACCAGAACCAGAGCUAAAUAUUAUUGGUACUCCCAGAGUGGGAAAGCAGGGCACUGUGUCCUGCAGUGUGCGCCAUGCAUGUAUUUCUGCUCCCCCAACUGUAACCCUAAAUGGUAUACCUGGAAAAGACCAGAUCAUGGACACACUGGUAUCUGAUGGGAUUUGGGAAAGGACAGUAGAACGAUUUUGGGAAGUAAAAGAAGAGCACCAGAGUGUGACUUGUACUGUUAGCUACUCUGGGGGUCAGAAAGCCACCAAGGAAAUUCCACUCAAUGUUGAAUGUCCAUUUCAGGAAAUCACUAUGAAUGAACCACCAGGGGAGUUAACAGAGGGCAUGGCGAAGAAUGUCACUUGCUCUGUUAUCUUUAAGUGCAGGAAAAACACACCAACUGUCAUCUGGAACUACAACAACAUGCAAAGUUCAUUAAACACCAAACAGACUCCCAACAAUACAUACACUAUAGUGUCAAAUCUGACUUUUAUUCCCUCCCUAAGUGAUGAUGGUAAACUUUUGACUUGCACUGCUCAGUUUAUUAGUGGGGAGUUCUCAACGUCUGCAACUCUUACUGUAAAACAAUAUGAGAGAGAUCCAUUUGAAAAUUACACAACAUCUGCUUUGCCUGCUGACGUCCCUUUAAGAUUUAGUGCCUUGACUCGCUCCUGUGUGGUGAUUCCCUGCAGUUUCCAGUACAAAGAGGAUGAACCGAUGACCCGUGGCAUCUGGUCCAAAAAAAGUGGAGACAUUGUAUCUCAUAAUGGCCAAAGCUAUGUAAUUGACCAUUUUAAGGGCCGAACCAAAAUGUUAGGAAAUCUAAAUGAGGGGAACUGCUCACUGGAGAUUGAUGACAUCAAGCCCUUUGACAAUGGACCCUUCUGUUUCUAUGCAGAGAAAGGACAUGAGACACAUACAUUCAACAACAGCUGUGUAUUUAUUAUUAUGAAAGCUUCUCCAGAAAAACCAGUGAUGACCCCCGUUCCAGAAGAAGUUGAUGCUGGUUCAACUAUAACUGUUUCGUGUUCUGUUACACACACAUGUUCAUCACAUCCUCCGGUGUUCUCAUGGAGUGUCUCUCACCUCACCAGUGAGGUCUCACAGAUCAUGAUGUCACGAGGCACCUGGCAGACAACUUCCACAAUCACUUUUAUUGUUACUGAAGGAGAUGGAGUCAGAAACCUCACCUGUAAUGCUAUCUUUUGGCGUAACAGGGAACAAGCCCACACAGUCAGCUUAAAUGUGAAGGGAUCACUGAUGUACAGGUUUAAAAGUUCUGCUCCAGUGGCCUUUCCAGUCUCAUUUGUAGCUCUCAUCAUAAUCACCUUAGCUGCAGUGUUUGCAGUGUUCAUCUGGAGGAAAAGGAAACACACAGAUGAAUCACUGAAACCACCACCUCGACCAGAAAAAAGAAGAUCACUUUGGGAUAGAUUAUCCAGGAGAUACCCUGAUGACAGAGACAGACCACCAAGACCAGAAAAAAGGAGGUCCAUUUGGAGUCGAUUUUCCCGAAAAGAAGAGGAUCGCAUGGCAUGGCAACAUGAGAGGAAGCCCAGGCAUUCAUUUUGGAGCCGAUUUUCAAGACGCCAAGACCGCACUGCGAACAUCAGUGUUGCCUAUACCAGCAAUGUAACCCGUGGAGCUGUGUCCAAACUACGCUGUCCAUCCCCGAAGGAUAACAGGAGACGACCACCCCCUUUCAACCCUGAGAAUCAACUGUACGGCAACCUUUGACUUCUUCAAAGACGUCCCAGAGACAUCUUAAUCUUUCAGGCUCAUGUCUCGCAAGUCUCCUGUUUCAAAGGUUAUCAUCUAGCUGAACAGCCAUUAUCAACUGCAAAGACACCCGUGGUGGCUUCUGUUAUGAAUACAUGCUAAUGCAAACUGUACUGUUGAUGUAGAUGUAUGAUAUGUGGGGGAAAGUUCUUAAUGAUACUGCAGGAUCUAAUGUUUUUAUAGUUUAACUUUCA